AUGUCAUCAAUAGUCCAGGCCCCAUUGGAGUAUGCUGGUGUUGGCGUGCCGCUGGGAACAGAUGUUGUCGAGCUGGCAGGGCCGACGGAAGAAGAGGACAAGAUCGAAGUUGACAUUGAGGAUGGGGAUGGGGAAUGGGGCAAAGAUGAGGAUGAGGGCGGCGUGGGUGCUGAACAAGCUGUGACGGUGGGUGCAUGGGCCGACCAAUCUGUCCAAGCCGUGGGACGAGACGAAACCUUGACAACAAUACCAGCCAGUAUGAGGCUUUGCAAGACCCUCGAAACUGCCAUGAUGUUUUAUGCUUAA